ACGGAACCCGUACUGGCGAUCAGAUAGAAGGUUGUGAAGUGAUAUAUGUUUAAGAAUCUUCCUGUUGAGAAUAGAUUAAAAAACUUUAAUAAGGCAGGAAAUUAAAGCAAUAGGACGGUAGUUUGAGGGAUUAGAACGGUCACCCUUUUUAGGAACAGGUUGAAUGUAGGCAAACUUCCAGCAAGAAGGAAAGGUAGAUGUUGACAGACAGAGCUGAAAGAGUUUGACUAGGCAAGGUGCAAGCACGGAGGCACAGUUUCGGAGAACAAUAGGAGGGACCCCAUCAGGUCCAUAAGCCUUCCGAGGGUUUAGGCCAGCGAGGCCAUGGAAAACAUCAUUGCGAAGAAUUUUAAUAGGUGACAUGAAGUAGUCAGAGGGUGGAGGAGAGGGAGGAGAGGAGAAUGCAAAUGGGAAACGUUAUUUAAUGAAAAAAAAAAAAAAAAAGUUAAACUCAUCAUAAAGGACAACACUUAACCGUCCAACCCAGGACCUGGUGAGGCGGUAACCUCAUCCUGACAUGUUACUUUUCGGCCCCGUUCACACAGGGCAAUUCCAACCGCGGCGGGUAUCGAGCGUGAACCGCUCAUAUCGCAUAGAAAGCUUUUCCAACCGCUACCGCCCUACAACCGCCGCGGUUAACUAUGAAUGAUUUCACAGGUUAGUAUAGGAAACCUAAGAGCUUGGACACACAGGGCGGUUGCAACAGCGGCGGCUACCGAGCGUUUCACGCUGGCAUUGUCCACACAAGGCGUUUUGUACCGCAGCGGAACCGCGGCGGUUGACCCACUGUUAUUUUUUUCACCUGAAUUUUUACUUGGCAGUGUCACGAUGGAUGUGGAGGAAGUAGCAUGCGUUUGGUUGCUACAUCGCCGCUUGAAACGGCGCAAGCAGAGGCAAAGACAACAUUGGAUUCAUCCGAUUCUACAUGAUAGACUUACGCACGGCUUGUUUACCACCCUGUACCCUACCUUGAGAGAGCAUGAACCAAAGUUUUUCAAUUACUGUAGAAUGUCGGUGAAAUCAUUUGAUGACUUGCUGGAACUAAUCAAGGAGGACAUAUCUUCAACCAACACCAUGAUGAGGGAUUCCAUCUGCCCAGAAGAGAAACUCGUCAUAACAUUAAGGUACUUGGCCACGGGAUGCUCGAUUGCUGACUUGCAUUAUGGGUACCGGCUUGGGAAAUCAACCCUCGCAGGCAUAUUGCGGCAAGUAUGUGAAGCGAUAUGGACAAGAAUGAAGACAAUGUGCAUGCCAGAGAUGACGAAGGAAAUGUGGGAAGAAGUGGCAAAGGGAUUUGAAAAGUAUGCGAAAUUCCCUAACUGCAUAGGUGCUAUUGAUGGCAAGCACAUUAGGCUAGUCCAACCUAAAGGUUCAGGAUCUCUGUAUUAUAAUUACAAGUUAUUCUUUUCAACUGUGUUGCUAGCAGUAUGUGAUGCCAAUUUUUCAUUUAUAUAUGUGGAUAUAGGUGCAUAUGGAAAAAGCAGUGAUUCAGCAAUUUUUACAAAAUCCUUACUUUACAAAAAGCUUGUGGAAAAUAGUUUGGAUGUACCAGAGCCAAAACCUAUUUCCAGUGUUGAGACAGUAUGCUACCCUCAUGUAAUUGUUGGAGAUGAGGCAUUUGGCAUUAUGGAGAAUGUUAUGAGACCCUACAGUGGAAGACAUCUGACAUACAGGAAAAAAAUUUUCAACUAUAGAUUGUCAAGGGCACGUAGGUACAUUGAAUGUACUUUUGGUAUCAUGGCUAAUAAGUGGCGCAUACUCCAUAGGCCUCUCAAUGUUAACAUUGACUUUGCAGAAAACAUAAUAAAGGCAUGUUGUAUAUUACAUAACUAUGUAAGAGCUAGAGAAGGUUACAGGUACGAAGACACACUCUAUCGUGCACCACUCGUAGGUCUACGUGAAGGUAAUGUCCCAAGAGGAGGUGGGUCUGCAACCUCAACCCGAGACAGAUAUGCAGAUUACUUUGUAAGUGAAGGCAAACUAGAAUGGCAGGAUAGAAUGAUUUAGGCAAGCAAGUUGUAAUAUAUACGUAAUAAAGUGUUCUUCAGUUACUCACCUACA